AUGAAGACCCUCCUCCUCCUCUCUCUUCUCGCUCUCUCGGCUGCAGCAGGUCAGUUCCUUUUUUUUACCUUCUCAGAUCAUCAGGACACGACUGAACACGGAUCAUCUGGAUCUGCUGAGGGCCUGAUGACUUUUCACAAACUGAAGUUGUUGUGUGUUUUACAGAUGUUCCAGGUGUUCCUGAUGUUCCAGAUGUUCCAGAUGUUCCUGAUGUUCCAGAUGUUCCUGAUGUUCCUGAUGUUCCUGAUGUUGAAGCUCUUGUAGACGCCCCAGGCCCUGAGCUUCAGGAGGACCAACAGUGUAAGUUCUCUCCUCCCUCUGAGAUCCUUCGUUCCUCCUCCUCUUCCUCGCUCUAACUCGGUUUCUGUCUCGCUCUCAGUGGUCGGAGAUGAAGUUCCUCUUCUUGAAGGUAAGAACCUGAUCACACGGUUCUCCAGGAUCUCCGUGGGUGAGCAGAUCUUUGUUGACUCUUGUUCUUGUUCCAGAUGAAGAAGCCGCCAUGAUGGACGCUGAGGUGAUGGACGCUCCAGGCAGAGGUCAGUGUCAGAGUCAGGACGCCAUCUGUGUGGUCGGUCCGUCCGUCUCUCUUCUGGACCAAUCAUCUCUCUCUCUCUGUCCUCCUCAGAUCGGUUCUUCUCCUGUCCGUCUGGUUGGGUUCGGUAUAAGAACAGCUGUUAUCUGUACGCGAGCUCGCUCUCCUGGUCCAGCGCUGAGGUGAGUUCUCCUGGUCUCUGACGAACCUGGUCUCUGAUGAACCUGGUCUCUGAUGAACCUGGUCUCUGACAGGAUGAAGGUCUCUCUAAAAACUGACCACGUGUCUCUCUCUCUCUCUCUCUCUCUCUCUCUCUCUCUCUCUCUCUCAGUCCCACUGCGCCCGCCUUGGCGCCUCCAUGGCGUCCGUCCACGACGUCUUUGAUUACAGAUUCCUGCAGACACUGACCAGAGAGAGGGGCGGAGUCACGGCCUGGCUGGGAGGAUUCUACUUCCAGGUUAUCAGAGCGUCACACUAACACACACACACACACACACACACACACACACACACACACACACACACACACACACACACACACACACACACGGAGAGAGAUCUGUGUGUCUGACUCUGUGUGUCCUUGUGUGUCCUUGUGUGUCUCUGUGUGUCUUUGUGUGUCCUUGUGUGUCCUUGUGUGUCUCUGUGUGUCUUUGUGUGUCCUUGUGUGUCUUUGUGUGUCCUUCUGUGUCUCUGUGUGUGUCCUUCUGUGUCCUUGUGUGUCCUUGUGUGUGUCCUUGUGUGUGUCUUUGUGUGUUCUUGUGUGUCUUUGUGUGUGUCCUUGUGUGUGUCUCUGUGUGUCUCUGUGUGUCCUUGUGUGUCCUUGUGUGUGUCCUUGUGUGUCCUUGUGUGUCUCUGUGUGUCUUUGUGUGUCCUUGUGUGUCCUUGUGUGUCUCUGUGUGUCUUUGUGUGUCCUUGUGUGUCUUGUGUCUUGUGUGUCUUUGUGUGUCUUGUGUGUCUUUGUGUGUCCUUCUGUGUCUCUUUGUGUGUCCUUGUGUGUGUGUGUGUCCUUGUGUGUGUCUUUGUGUGUUCUUGUGUGUCUUUGUGUGUGUCCUUGUGUGUGUCUCUGUGUGUCUCUGUGUGUCUUUGUGUGUCCUUGUGUGUGUCCUUGUGUGUCCUUGUGUGUGUCCUUGUGUGUCCUUGUGUGUGUCCUUGUGUGUCCUUGUGUGUGUCUCUGUGUGUCCUUGUGUGUUCUUGUGUGUCCUUGUGUGUCUUUGUGUGUGUCUCUGUGUGUCCUUGUGUGUCUUUGUGUGUCCUUCUGUGUCCUUGUGUGUGUCCUUGUGUGUCUUGUGUGUCCUUUGUGUGUCCUUGUGUGUCCUUGUGUGUGUCCUUGUGUGUCCUUGUGUGUCUGUGUGUGUCUUUGUGUGUCCUUGUGUGUGUCCUUGUAUGUCCUUGUGUGUGUCCUUCUGUGUCCUUGUGUGUCCUUGUGUGUGUCCUUGUGUGUGUCCUUGUGUGUCCUUGUGUGUCCUUGUGCGCAGACCUGGAGGUGGUUGGAUCAGACUCGGUUCACGUACCUCAGUUACUCGUCUCUGAACAGCGUCAGCAGCUCUCCUUGUGUUUACCUUCGUGUCUCAGGUGAGUCGAACCUUCAUCUGAACAUCAGCUGAUCCCUCAGCAGAAACCUGGUCCUGGUCUGACAGCAGAUCUGGGUCCGGGUCAGUCCUAACCUGUCUUUGUCUCGUAGUUGGUUGGAGUAACAGCGCCUGCACUCUCUCACGACCUUUUAUCUGCAUGAGGAGGACGGACACCUGCUGA